CUAGUACUAGGAGUGAAUUAAGCUCAGAAGAGUCUUUCUGCAACCCAUCUUCCCCAUUGGAACUAGGCAGCUUUGUCCACUGUUUGUUUGCUGAUCGUGUAUUGCAGUUAUAAGCAGUUUGGGCUGUUUCUUUCUGAAACUUUGCUUUUUCCUUUAAAGACACUAUUAUCUUUUGUUUGCUUUUCUAUUUAUAAUAGAGUGUAAAUUGUGAUUUGGCAAUCAGAAGCUCGUAGUAAUUUUAAUAAGGUUCUCUCUUGAUUUUAUUUGCUUAUUUAUACUUACUUUCAUUUUUUAUACAGUUUUCUUUAUAUACUGGCUUAUACUUCUCUUAAACAAGCGGCUGACAGUAUCUGUAGUUUGCCCUCUUAGGAAAUAACAAUUUUUUCCUUCUCAUAACUGAAUAGUUACUAUCUAGAGCUCUCAACUUCUCCUUCCAUUAAUUGUAAACAAGAGUAUUCUUGUAAAUAAACUGGAUUUCUGAUUCUUUUGCUGACACCAUUUGUUAGAUUAGAUUAUCAAAUGUGACUAACCUGUAUGAAAGAAACAUGGAGAAAGUCCCGGAGUAUCUUAUGAUCAGUUAUUUAUAGAGAGCUAUUAAUGGACACAGACUCUACAGAGAUCGUUUUCAGUCCUGAAAAUACCGCUUUCAACUUAAUCACUUCUUCAAAGUGUGAAGCUUUCUCUCUUUCAGAAGGUGAGGAAAAACUGCAUUUUCUCAGUUCUUAGGAAAAUUAGUACUGAAAAGAAACAAGUGUUUAUACACAUAUUGUGUUCUAUCUGUAAUCAAAUUCUAGCCAUUUCUUAUCUGGGUAUAUUCUUAACAUACUUCUCUUUCUUGAUACAUGUGCAAUUACAGAGCAAGAUCUUGCAGUCACAUGUUGGUAGAUCAGGUAAAUUAUGCAAGCUUGCUAUGAAUUGCUGCUGCUCAACUUCUUUAAGACGUUUCUAGAAUUAUUGCAAAACUUCUAAGAGCUGUGUUGACAACUUCCUUCAUUUUGCUGUGCUUAUCCAUUUAACUCAUUUGUUUAUCCUCACUUUUAUUUUAUUAUUUUGUUAUGUACUUCUGGCUUUGUUUUUUUGUUACUAUUUAUUUGUUUUCAGGCCAGCUCUUGUGAAAAACAGAAGUGGAAGUUUUGAUGAGGUGAAAUGAUGAGAGGCUCGAAUCUAAUAGAACUCCUUUGAUUUUGAUCUCUUAUGACAAUAGUUGAAUAUGCAAAAGAAUAGCAUGUCAGAUUAUCUAUGAAGUGUUUGCUUCAAUAAGUAGAUGUACAGACAUAACCUGAAGAUUUAAUAUCUGCAUCCUAUUAAAAAGCAGUGUUUUGUACAAAAAGGUGAUCCAGCUUGUGCCAGUUGGCUAUGCAUAAUUCUGUAUACAUACUUGAUGAUCAUUCUGAUGAUGAAAUCCCCACCCAGCAAGCUAUUCAAGAAAGCUUACAAGAUAUUCAUAAAGUGGAAACAAGUGCCAAUGCAAUAGAGGAUGAAAGUUUCCUGUGUGUUGCAAGUAAAGAACGUGGAGAGAUAAUAGCAGCAAUUCGGACAGGCCAAGAAGAGGCCUUGAAGAAGUUGGUGAGGCACAGUUCUGCUUUUGAGGAAGCAGAUCAGCAAGGCUGGCUUCCGAUGCAUGAGGCUGCAUCACAGCUAAAUAAGAACAUCCUUGAAAUAACUUUAAAAGCCUCCCGUGCCGUUACGUGGGAACAGACAACACUAAGAGGGGAAACACCUCUCAUGGUGGCAGUCAGAAACUGCUUUUUGGAAAACGUCCACUUCCUCCUGCUCAAUGGUUGCAACCCCAAUAUUAAGAAUGAAGAUGGAGAUUCUCCUUUAGUUGUAGCAAUUAAACACAAUUCAUAUGAAGUUGCUGCUUUGUUGAUAAGCUUUGGUGCAAAAGUGAAUUUGCAGUGUAUCCACAAGAGGACUGCUUUACAUGAGGCUGCCAGGCUGGGCAGAAAGGAUCUGGUGAUGCUUCUGCUUCGUUCUGGAGCAGAUCCUGAUCCUCGCAGUGGAUAUGGGCUCACACCUCUAGCACUGGCUGCACAAGCUGGACAUACAGAAAUUAUGGAGCUCUUAUUGCAAAAAGGUGCUGAUGUUCUUUCACAGGCAAUGGAUUGUUCUUCUGUAUUAUUUGAAGCAGCAGGAGGAGGAAAUCCAGACUCUCUGAAUCUUUUACUGGAAUAUGGGGCUGAUGCUAAUGUUCCAAAGCACUCAGGUCAUUUGCCGAUCCACAGAGCUGCAUAUAGAGGACACUUUCUUGCCUUAAAGAAUUUAGUGCCGGUUACUAAUUUUGAUGCCAUUAAAGAAAGUGGAAUAAGUCCAAUUCACUCAGCAGCAGCAGGAGCGCAUCCUCAGUGCCUCGAGUUUCUCCUCAAGUCUGGGUUUGAUGCCAACUUUAUGCUGGAUCAAAGAAUUCGCAAAGGCUACGAUGACCGCCGGAAAUCAGCACUGUACUUUGCUGUUUCAAAUGGGGAUAUCAGUUCAGCACAGUUGCUGUUGAAUGCUGGAGCCCUGCCAAACCAAGAUCCCAUCAACUGUCUCCAAAUAGCCCUGAGAAUGGGCAAUUAUGAGUUAAUGAAUUUACUCCUCCGGCAUGGGGCUAACGUUAAUUAUUUCUGCAGAGUGAACACAACACAUUUUCCAUCGGCUCUGCAGUAUGCUCUGAAAGAUGAAGUCAUGUUGAGAAUGCUGAUGAACUAUGGCUAUGAUGUGCACCGCUGCUUUGAUUGCCCUCGGGGAGAUGUUUCCCAUUCCCAAUACGUGACUGAUGGGUGGACUUCUACUGUUAUCAAAGAUACAAAGUUCUGUGAAGUGAUAACCUUGUCAUGGCUGAAGCAUCUUUCUGGGAAAGUAGUGCGAAUAAUGUUAGAUUAUGUCGAUCACGUUAACAUCUGCUGGAAGCUAGAGGCAGCUCUCAAAGAACAGGAGCUCUGGCCAGACAUCAAUUCAAUUUUAACAAAUCCUCGCUCUCUGAAGCAUCUUUGUCGCCUGAAGAUACGGGAAUGCAUGGGCCGGCUGCGUCUCCGUUGUCCUGUCUUCAUGACCUUCCUUCCACUGCCAAACUGCUUGAAAGACUACAUACUGUACAAGGAAUACGACCUUUAUGGACAAGAAAGCUUCUUGGGAACCUCCAGUGUCAACUGCACGUAAUUACUCUGCAUUUUGAAGAGAACGCUGAGAUGGCCUUAGAUGUGUAUGGUCCAUGUGACAGUAUGAAGGCAACAUCUGGCCCCAGGCUGAUGCCACAUGGCCUGACUGGAUAACAGCAAAAGCAGGUGCUUCUGCAAGCUACUGGCUGCUCUGAGGACGAAUGUGCUGAAACAGAAGGAAGAGAACCUGGAGCCUCUCUCUUGCUCAGUCUCCUACUCCACUUCCUCUUUUAAAUGCUGUGAGCACUUCACAGCUGCUCAAUCCCUUCUGCCAGUGGUACCAUGGCAGCAGUGCUCCCUUUUCUCUCCUAUGACAGGAGGCAGAUGCAGUUGGCUGCUGCAUAGAAAUAUCUAUCUAUCUCCAGCAUAAAAAGCAGGAGGAGACUGCCUUUGUUAGCCUAUGCAAAACAACUUCUGUGCAAUUAAGGACAGCGUUCCUUUUUUGCACCUACAGCCAUCUAGCACAGAGGUCCCGAAAUUCCUCACUUAAUCAGCACCAUGCAACUCUAGCUAUGAAGGGCUGGGCUGAAACCUGAAGACUAAAAAUGCUCUGCAAUGAACUGUAAAACACUUUUAUCCAUUAUAAAACAUCUUAGAAUAUAUUCUUCUCUUUCUACAUUUUCUGUUAUGCUCAGGCCACUAUUAGAGAGACAUCUGUUCCAUCGGAGUUUAGUAUUUAUAGUAAUUAGUGCAAAAAUAAAUAUUUCUUCUUACUUCAAACAA